UCUGCCCUAACGCGCAAUGAAACGUCGAAACGCCAUGAUAAAGGCUUCCGUUGACAUGGCAGUAACCAAUUCCAAAUGUGUGACACGAUAAACAGCACAGGUGAAUAUGCACACCCAAACCUUGUCUCCAUUUUUAAGUUAGAGUGGACCAGCAAAAUCCGUGCCACUCAACUUCUAAUGCCUUGGCCCUAUAACGCCUGCAUAUCACACACGCAAAACCAUUCUUCUCACAGCUUGCCUCCCUCUAACGAUCCAGAAUCUUUCUCUUAGAAGGUUCAGAAGACCUUGCCCUCCAAUGUGUCCAUUCUGCGUGUGCAUGUCGUGGAUCAAUCUGUCAACGGAAGUCUUCAGGGUCUUUUCUCGCCCAAAUACGGGUUCUCAAACGCAUAAUUCCGACUUUAUCUUUGUGUGGCUUCAAAUUUUUGAGCUGUUUAUCACCUAGCCCUUCAAAAGCUUCAUCCUGUAUCAAUUUCAGAACCACCUUUUCAGCUCUUCCCAUCCACGAAGAUCAAAGCAUGCUUUCAUAAAAAUUUCCUUGGCUUGCGACAUGAAGUUCAAAAGUUCCUUCUCAUCAUCAACCGAAGUCACACAGUUAUCAACGUACAAGCAUUUGCGCAACUGUGAGAUGACAGAUCGAUCAUAAGGAACCUCUUUUGAAGCCACUUUUUCCUUACACCUUGAGAGAUGAUGGUCAAUAACGGCCCCUAUCAAAUAAGGGCUCCUGGUCACCCCAAAUACCACCCUCCUGUGACGGUAGAUUUUCAUCUGUCCGACCUCGUCCUUCCAUAGGAACCUCAAGCUAUCACGAUCCUUUUCCGAAACAGAAAUCUGUAAGAAUGCUUUUCUUAUGUCAGAAAUAACGCCUAUUGCGUUCAGUCUGAAUCGUAGAAGAAUCGAUGGGAUUAACUCUACGUAACUGUCCCCUUUUUCUAGACACAUAUUCAGGCUAGGCUUGCCUUUCUCUUUGGACGAGGCAUCGAAAACAGGACGAAUUCGGGUGGUACUGGCUUCCUUAACCACGGCUCAGUGAGGCAAAUAAUGUCCGAAAUCCCACUUAUCAAGCUGUACCUCUUCAGUAAUUUCAUAUUUCAGCCAUUCUUGAAACACCGCUUCAUAUUCUUUCACCAAAUGACCGUUACGUAACUUCGCUAGGGUCGAUUCAAGUCUACCACGGGUCAGAUCGAAAUUUCGAGGCAGCGGGGGAUGCUCCUUCAGCAAUGGAAGACAUACCUCAUAUCGUCCAUCUGAUAAAAUCUUAACUGUUUCCAAGAAGUGCCGACGCGCAAGCGUUUUUGCCUCUUCUUUGGUACUAACCAAAGCGGGGUCCUCGAUGCCCAACACAUCAAACCUCCACAUAUCAGAAGGGUCGAACUCCUGGGCAAACUGAUGUUAACCAUGCAACUUGUCUCAGCGUCCUUAACGCGGCCCAUUAUGGUCCAACCUAGGCUAGUUUCGAUAGCAACCAAACCACAGCUUAAUACCUCGCGCCUCCCGGUGAGUAGCUUUCCCGCGACGUCCGCUCCAACAAGAAUGCCAAUUGGGCCCUCUCUGUCGUCAGUCAACUCGAUUUUCUUCUCGCAAAGUUCAUAUACCCAUAGACCUUUAGGAAUUGAGAGAAUGGCGUGACAAAUCUGUUCGAGUCAAGAACUUCAAAGUUGCAGGAAAACGCACUCAUCAAACUUUGUAGACGGACCUUAUAGCAUUGAUGCGUCUUGGGUUCAGUCUUGCUCCCACCAAACAAUGUAUGAACCAAGUUCUCAGUGCGGAUCGGCUCAUAGCGCAUUCUGGUAGCCAGCGCUUGAGUUAUAUAACUUCUUUGAGAAGCUGUGUCAAUCAACAACCUGGUUGUGACAGGAUUUUCUCCUUUCAAACGAACCCUCAAAGUCUGCAUCAACACUGGCGCACUCUGGAUACUAGCAUAGUUGUGCUCUACAUCGUUUUCUUUCUUAGCUGCCUUACUAGUUUCAGUAGACGUUGAAUUCCGGUCAUGAGGAAUUGGGCACAUCACAGUAACAUGAGGUUCAGCAUAAACUAAGCAACACAGCUUUUCCUUACAGGGCCGUUUCCCGUGGAAUUUUUUCAGACACUUAAAACAGCGGCUUUUAGCUUAGAGGAGCUUAAUUUUCUCCUCUUUGCUCUUGUCCCUCGCCUCUGAACACAAUUCGAUAUUGUGAGAAUUCUUGCAAAAAAUGCAACUGACAUCUUCAGGGCCUUCAGUGGACUCAAUACCUACUAGGUCAGCAGCUGUGGUCUACUUUCCAGUCGAGAACUUGACAUUCCCAGCACUGCUCUUUGGUGCAGCGCCCUUUUUCUUAGGGACAGAAAACGUGCUCCUAGCUAGCAGAAACCACUCCUCGCUUUCAACCUCUCUCUUCAGAAAAUCUCGCAACUUGACCAUUUGAUCUGCAGCCUCAAAGAGGGAUCCAUCAGUGCCGCACGACUUACGCUUCUAUUCCCGCAAAAUUGACUCAGGAAGUGCGGAUUCAACUAACGGCGCGAGCAUGCACGCGUAUUUUUCUGAUGUAACUCCCAAACUUUCCAAGGCCAUUAGCUGGUUUUUUAGCUUGUCAUAAAGCUGUGCGAGAGUCAAAGAAACUUUGCCCGAUGCCUGUACCAAGACCAAUGAGAGUAGCUCCCUAACAUACAACUCAAUCAGCAAUUCGUCACGGCCAAAACGGUUUUUCAGUUGGCCAAAAGCCUUCGGAUAAUUGGCCGCCGAUGCAGGAUAGCUACUCAACAGUUCCUUUGCUUGGGUACCAUCCUUGGCAAUACGCAACAAAAUCAAGAACUUAUCGUCAGAAGGCAGGUCCUCUCUUUCAUGGAUUUUCUUGAAAUAUGCCCAAAAACUGAUCCAUGUUUUAGGCGUGAUGUUGAAUUUUGGGAGAUCCAACUUAGGUAAUUAGAGGGUGAGGUUAUCACUAGAAGCAGCAGCAGAAACUUCGGUAGGACACGCUGUGUUGGCCUUGACUUUUUCCAGUAACUCAUUCUUUCUAGCACUCAAAGUUAGCCAGGUGUCCCUGUACUUCUCCACAGUUUCAAACUCCUUAUCUAAAUCUUCUUCUUUGACCUGAUCCAAUGACUCGAACAUAAUUUCUUUUACUUUAUCAUCGAGAAGAAAAAGCCUAUCAGCCUUGUCGGUAACCUUAAUUAAAGCAACAGUUACCUCCUCGACGGUUGCCUCAGGUUUUCCAAAGGUUUCUUCACAACCAUUCGCGGCAAUCGUGAAGAAUCUUCUAAGUUGCGUUCGUUCCGCGCACAGACGUUCCAUAGUUCCAAACUGCUGUAAUAAAAUGACGUCGACAAUCGUCCUUCCCCACCAGGGAUGCCAGAUGUUUGGGUCCAGCCACAAGCAAACAUACGAACUUAAGAGAAGAAACGGAAACUAUUUAAUCGCAACUAUUGAAAAUUACACUGACUGACUUUUUUGACUAAAUUUCAAUAUACAGUAGAAUUCAUUUAUAACGACGUUGCUUAUAACGAUUAACCGUUUUUAGCGUCGAUAUUAUUUUACUCAAGUUCGGUUUAAUAGUUAGAUACUGAGAAAAUGUAACCGUUUAGUGCGACUCCGGUUUGAGCGACAAACCGUUUAUAGCGACCAUUUUUUACGAUACUCGUCCGUUUAAAACGACGCGCCGUGUUUUGUUUCAAUUUAGGUAACGAAUGACCAAUACCUCGGCCCCCUCACUUUCCCCGCGCGUUUCACCGUUCAAUUCUCCUUAUUGGCGCGCGUAAAUCACAGUUAGUGUUUGUCACCUGUUAUGACAAGUUCAUAAAGCGCCAUAAAAUGAGUUCUGUAAAGAGAAAGUGUUUUACAAUUGAAGAAAAGAGUGCAAUAUUACACAGAUUAGAAGCUGGCGAAUAAAACGCGACCCUCGCAAAGGAAUUUGGCGUAUCUCAUUCUACAAUAUCAACAAUAAAGAAGAAUAAAUACAAGAUGAGCCGUUAUUUAAUGCCAAUGUUUUGAAAUGCAAACGUGUAAGAACUUCUACUCAUGAGCAGUUGGAUAAGGCAUUGUUACAGUGGUUAAGCUUCAGCGCGACCGGGGAAUACCUCUUAAAUUUUUUUGCUAGACAUGUACAAUUUCAUAUGUUCCAUGAGUUGGAUAAACCGUUUUAAAGUAAGACACAACAUCGUCAGUGGAAAGAUUGUUGGCGAGUCUUUGUCAGUACAACAGAGUGAUGUACACGAUUGGUUAGAAAAAGUUUGGCCUACUAUACGUGCUCAAUUUAGUGAUGAUGAAAUUUUUAAUGCAGAUGUGACCGGGUUGUUUUAUAAAUUAACCCCAGACAAGACGUUGAAAUUUAAAGGUGAAAAAUGUACAAGAGGAAAAUUAUCAAAGGAGAGAAUAACAGUGAUGGUGGCAGCCAACAUGAGUGGUACAGCUAAAAAAAAACUUCUCGUUAUCGGGAAAUCUCAACGUCCCAGAUGUUUUAAAAAUGUACGGCAUUUGCCAGUGGAUUAUGAGAGCAAUCGAAAAGCCUGGAUGACUGGUGACAUUUUUACCAAAUGGGCACGCGCAUGGGAUCGUGAACUUACGAAAAAGAAUAAGAAAAUCCUACUGUUAGUUGACAACUUUCCUGCACAUCCCCAUAUUGCAGAAUUGAAAAGCAUAACCCUAGUAUUUCUGCCUCCAAACACGACAUCAGUGUUGCAACCCAUGGAUCAAGGGAUCAUUCGAGCUUUGAAAGCACAUUUUCGUAAAAACCUUGUUUUAAAAAUGAUCCAGUUUCUAGAUGGCGGAUGCAGUAGUGUUGAGUGCCUGAAGAUCACUGUUCUUAACGUCAUUCUAAUGAUUCAAGAUGCCUGGACUCAACUCAAGCAAGGAACAAUUUUUAACUGUUACAAACAUGCUGGUUUUGUCCGAAGCAAUGUAGAAUUUACCAUAACUUCAGAUGAUUUUAACGAAGAAGAUGACGUACCGCUGAGCAUUUGGGCGAAGGCUAUUGAUAAGCAUCAGUUACCUAUAACAAACGAGGACUUUGAACAAUACGCGCGUGUCGAUGAUGCUGUCGCCACUUGUGAAGAGCCGUCUGAUGAAAACAUUGUGGAUAAUAUCAUCGCCGACGACGCGAAUAGCAAAGAUAGCGACGGUGAUGAUGACGAACCAGAGUUUUAUCCAACCUUGAGUGUAUCUGAAGCUCUGAAGGCUGCGGAAACGCUUAAUGUAUUUGUUCAGACUAACUUUGAUGAUGACCAUAUGAAAACAAUGAUGUCAUGA